AUGCCGUACGAAUAUGUUGAACAGAAUAAUUCGACUAUUUUAAAUAAUUCAAAUGGUCACAAACGAUCUAGUAAAAAAAGUACUGAUAAUUUAUCUAUAGUGACAACAACUCCCGGAGAGAAAAAGAAGAAAAAAAAGAGUAAAGCAUUAAAUAAUAGUGGUCAUUUGCUACCAAAAAAAUCCGCUCGUGUAAAAAGUCAAGAAAUAGCUGAAAUGUCGUUACAUGAUAGUAUUUCGUCGGCUAUUAUUCCAGAUUACCAGCCACAAAAUAUGUCUGAGCAUGAUGAUAAACUAUCUACGCUCUUCAAUACAACUGGUCGUGAAAGAAAUUCAACUGGACCACUAAAACAGUGGUUGUUCGAACAUCAACAACAUCCAUAUCCAAAAGAAAGUGAUAAACAAAUGUUAAUGGAGAAGACAAAAAUGUCAUUAUCUCAAAUUACCGUAUGGUUUACAAAUGCCCGAGUUAAAAUGAGAAAAGAAAAUAAAUUGCCCCAUAAUGCUUAUAGUAAAAAGCCAAAAAGUGGUGAUCAACAACAACAACAACAGAAUAUGGAUAAAGAAUCAUCAUUUGAUGAACUCGACCGAAGUCUAUCAAAUGAUGAUGGUUACUCGAUCAGUCAUAGUCUAACGGAAACAAAUCGUUAUCAAAAUAGUGAACGACAACUGGCCAAUACACAAAUCGUUUUAGCCUAUACAUGUUUGAAUUUAGAACAAAUGACGGAAUUGGAACGAUUUUCUACCACAUUUUUAAUUCAUUUAUCUGAUGUGGUCGACGAAAAAACUACUCAUCUGAUUACAGGUGACGAAGCGAGACCGUUACUAUGUCCAUUAACAAUUAAAGUAUUUCAAGCCAUCUCUAGACAUUUAUUUAUCAUUACUCAUCGAUGGAUAACCGAAUGUCUUACAAAAAAUCAACUCGUUGAUGAAACAAUAUUUGAAAUACGUGGUGAUGUUCCCUAUUCUGAUUAUCAUGACGGUAUGAGAACAUCACGUUUGGUACGUUAUAAUGACGAUGGUGGUUUAUUUCAAAACUUUAAUUUUUUUAUUGAAUGUGAUGGAUGUCAAAAUAAAAUGUCAAAAAGUGAUCUAAUUGCAUUAAUUAAAUUAUGUAAUGGAAAUAUUAUUGAUUGUUUACCAUCACCGUUAUCAACGAGUAAUACAACAAAAACAACUGUUGUUUUAUGUGAAAAAUUAAACUGUACAAAUAAUGAACAAUUACAACAUUAUGAAAAUUGUAAACAGGCCAACAUUCAUUUUUUAAGUCCAGAAUGGAUAUUGGAAUCCAUUGUACAUUAUAGUAUUCAGCCAUACGAUGAAUAUGAAGAAAAAAUUUAA